UCCUUGACUUCAUGGCAGAUUUCUAAAACUGUCUGCACAUUCACUGGCUCACUCUCCCACAGAUUGCCCAGCUGAAGUCAUGGAUGUCUGCUUUCUUCUCCUGGUCUCUUUCCUCUCAGUGUUUCACUUCAGCCAAGCUGAUCAGCCAUUGGAGGAAACAAUCAUUGUAGCAAAAAAUGUCCAGCUUCUGGGUGGUUGGACUGAGGCCAAUCCUGAGAGGGAAGAUGUUAAAGAAGCUGCUGAAGAAGCUGUAGAGAUAUUCAACAUGAACUCCAAAGCAAAGAAAUACUUUAAACUUAUAAAUAUUACAUCUGCUCACACUCAGGUGACAAAUAUGAUAAACUACAAAAUAGAGGCCACUAUUGGAAAGAUGAAAUGCCGCAAAUCAGAAAAAGCAGACAUUGAAUCUUGUGUCAUGGCAAAAAAGCAACUUGCAUGCAAGUUUGAUGUGACGCUUGACCCAAGGAACGAUCAACAUGAAGUGAAGAGCGCAUUCUGCAAAAAAUCCCUUUGAAUUUCAUAUUUUUUAUUCAUAUUUUCAUGCUUUGCUACAUUAUGAGACACUCUGGUACAAUUACAGGUUUUGGAGUUUGGAUAGUGGACCACACAUUCUUUUUUUUGACAAUUUUUUUUUGACUGAUAUAUCACUUGUAAGCUGGAAACCUUUUGUAAAAUGUAUUAACACAGAUUUAAAAGCCAUCUCCCUUUGAAAGGACGUGUAUGUUUUGACCUUAAUAAUUCAGUACUUUCUAUUUUGUAUAAGAUAAAAAAUACAAAAUAUUUUGUCAAAGCACAAGUAAAUUGAAUAUGCAAACAACUUAAAU